CUUCAUUGAUUCUUCAAUUUCUUGUUUUCUUGUUCAAAAGGAUAUAGGAUUUUUUUUGGAUCAGUAAUGGCGACUUUGGUUCGAUCAGUUGCUCGUAGUUUGAGGAGAAAGAACUUAUCUUCAAUGUAUUGCCCCGCCUCUACAUUGCAGUCACAUGCCACCAGUUUUGGUUUUAAGGACGUAGCAGAAGAAGAAAAGAGUAAGAUGGUUGGGAAUGUCUUUACCAGUGUUGCUUCAAACUAUGAUCUCAUGAAUGAUCUAAUGAGUUGUGGACUUCAUCGUUUGUGGAAGGACAGAUUGGUUUCGAAGUUGAAUCCGUUUCCAGGAAUGAAGCAUCUUGAUGUGGCUGGUGGAACAGGGGAUGUUGCUUUCAGGAUCCUUGAAAAUAUAAAAAAUGUCAAACGCAGAGCUAUGCAAGAUGUUCUUGAUGAUGACCUGAUUGAAGAAACUAGAAUUUAUGUAUGUGACAUCAAUCCAAACAUGUUGGGUGUGGGUAAGAAGAGGGCCGAAGAGAGAGGUUUUGGACUGGAGAAGUCUCUCGAUUGGGUAGAGGGAGAUGCAGAAGCCUUGAGCUUUGAAGACAACUCAAUGGAUGGUUACACAAUUGCUUUUGGUAUCAGGAAUGUUACACACAUAGAGAAAGUUCUUGCAGAAGCAUAUAGGGUGCUUAAAAGGGGAGGAAGGUUUCUUUGCCUUGAACUAAGCCACGUUGAUAUCCCGGUUUAUAAGGACUUGUAUGAUGUCUACUCAUUCUCAGUCAUCCCAGCAGUUGGUGAGCUAGUGACAGGUGAUCGAGAGUCUUAUCAGUACUUGGUUGAGAGCGUCCGCCGUUUCCCUCCACAGGAACAAUUUGCAAAAAUGAUUGCAGAAGCUGGAUUUCAAAAGGUAGAAUACGAGAACCUUGUUGGUGGAGUUGUCGCAAUCCAUUCAGGGGUGAAGUUCUAGAGUUCUUCUCAAAGUUAAUGUGGGACUGAUGGUUUUUGGCCUCUAUGAUACCAGGAAGAUCUCACGAAGAAAUAGUUUAAGGUUCACAAUGAUACGACUUAGCCACAUAGACGCAAAUUUAGAAAGAUGGUAUUCAAUGUAUUCUAUGUUUCUGGAAUGGCUAUGUUUUAAAUUUCCUGAGAGCAGCAUGGCCUUUCUCAUGAACUGUUUCAAAGAAUAAAGUAGGCUUACAACAGUAUUACAUUAAGUUGCAAGUUUGUGACUUCAUAGGAGUAAUUUUCUUCUGUCUGAAACCAGUUUCAUUAAGUAGAAAUGAAGCUCAGUUAUGAAUAAGUUGCUGCUGAAGUCAACAAUACUCUGUGUUUUAGCUUGAUUGGUAAACUUAAACACAAUUUGUACUUGAGUUUACAAUGAAAAAUAUGUU